AUGCUAAUCACAUUCGACGAAAACUGGGUCUCCCCGACACUUGGAUGGGUCAUCGGCACGCUCGCCUUCUGCGUGGCUGCCCUCGCAGGGUGUAGAAGAAAGAAGCGGGAUGAGGACUUCUACAUGGAUAUGCAAAACGUUAAACCGCUGCCAUUAAACAUCAAAACCUCAGAAUACAUCAGAAAAAAAAUGGCGGAGGGGCCUCGCGGUAACCGAACGCAAAACUCCCCCGAAGCGCAGACGUUCAAGGAUUCGAAAGUCGAUUUUGGCAAGGACAUCGAGGUCAAGGUGACCGAGAACUACGUCGAUCCGGCCCUGAUUUCCGGAAAGAAAAAGGACGACAAGAAGAGCGGGAAGCUCAGCCUGAAGAGAAGCGGAAAAGAGAAGAAGGAGCCCGGAAAGAGCGCCGAGAAGGAGAAAGAGGAGAAAAAGCAAGAGGACGAGAAGAAGAAGGAGGACGAGAAAAAGGAAGACGAGAAGAAGAGCGUGAAAAAGAGUGAGAAGCUGAAGCCGGAUGAGAAGAAGAGCGGAAAGGACAAGAAGGAGGCCGAGAGCCCAGAUAAAAAGAGUGCAAAGGAGAAGAAGGAGAAUGAGAAAAAGCUAGAGGAAAAGCCGAAGGAGAAGCCAGAAGAUAAGGAGAGCGUGGAGAGAAAGAGCGGUAAGGACAAGAAGGAGAGCGAGAAAAAGAGCGGCAAGAAGAGCGGCAAGGAGAAGCAGGUGAGCACCGAGAAGAAGGAGAGCGGAAAGGAGACGCCGGAGGCGAAAAAGGAGGAUGGGCCGAAGAAGGAGGACGAGAAGAAGAGCUCAAAGGAGAAGGAGAAGAGCGUGCUGAAGGAUAAGAGCGUCAUCAAGAAGGAGGGCGAGGAGAAGAAGGAGAGCAAGGAUACGAAAGAGAAGAGCACGAUGAAGGUGGCUGAAGACAAGAAGGAGGAGCCGAAGAAGGAGGAGGAAAAGAAGGAGCAAGAGAAGAAACAGGAGGAAAAGAAAGAAGAGCCAAAACCCGACGACAAAAAAGACGAGAAGCCGAAAGAAGAGCCAAAAGCGGAAGACGUGAAAAAAGAAGAGGAGAAGAAGGAGGGAGAAAAGAAGGAGGAGACGCAGAAGAAAGAUGGGGAAAAGAAGGAGGGAGAAGAAAAAAAGGAAGAGGCUGAAAAGAAAGAAGAGGAAAAGAAGGAGGAUCCGAAAGCCGAGGAGAACAAGGAGCAAGAGAAGAAGCCCGAGGCGGCCGAGGCUCCGCCUCCAACGGCU